UAUUUCUUUCUUUCUUUUUCAGAAGGAGUCUUUUAUGAUGAUGUUGACCAUGCUUUGAAGAACCUUAAAAAACCAGCUGCCUAUGCUGCAAAACACAAAUUACCCAUAAUCAUUUGGUGGACUGCCUUUACUGGUGGAAAUUCAAUAAAGAAGUGUACACUUGGUGAGUGUUACAUCACAGAGGCUCGUAAAUUCCAGACACAUCCCAGGACCAAGGCUUUUAUGUUCUAUGGCACAACUUUUACAUCAAAUGACUUACCUCUUCCAAGACUUGGUAAGUUGUUUUAAAUCCCACUUUUCUGAUGUUGAGAAAGAAAGAUCUUUAUUAAUCAGUUUCAACCUUUCAAAUGUUAAUGUCAUACAGAUCCAUACUUAGAUGAAGUAGAAUUACAAAAUGAUGAAGAGCCACAGUAUAACAAUUUUUUUACCCCCUUUUUUGAACAAGUCCCAAACUGUUGCUUUCAAGGUAGAUAGAAACCUUAGAUUCAUAAAAGCGAACAGGAAAAUGGAGAGAACAAAUAGUUAUGGUGAGUCCUUGGACUCAUCUUGCCAAAAAAUUGGAGUCUCAACCCAGAACCAUUGUGUCCCAGUUCAAAAAACAGUGAAUCCUAUUAAACUGAAUUUAUUUGGGCCUUAGUGUAUCCAUGCUGACAAUAAUCUGAAGACAGAUUCCAAAACUCUGUUUACUGGAUUAAAAAAACUCCUUUUAUCAUAAAGCACAACAAAGACUAAAUGAAAUAUACCUCGUUAAACAACAGCCACAGAAAUCACAUAAUAAAAUAAAUGGUUGAAUUGGAAUUUGGAAUUUGGAAAUGUUGCUUUUUGAGAAAAGGGGAAAACCGGAGUACCCAGGGAAAAACCUCUCGGAGCAAAGGAGAGAACCAACAACAAACUCAACCCACAUAUGGCGCUGACGCCAGGAUUUGAAUGUGGGCCACAAUGGUGGGAAGCGAGUGCUCUCACCAUUGCACCAUCCCUUGCUUCCCAAGGAACUCAAACCAUCACUAAACAUGAACAGGAUAUUCUACAAAAACAUCUUCAGAUCGAUUGAUUGAACUUUGCAUCCCAUGGGAUGCAUGCCAUGAAUUAUUUUGCAUCUUUGGUACUUUUUAUACAUCAGGGACCAAUAAAAUUACCACUGGCACAUGGGGUAAUUUUGAAGAUGCAGUCAAGUAAAAACCAUCUUGACUUAUGGAUAUUUCUGCUAUGAUUUAGGCAGACACCUGUCGUAUGUGGACACCUUUUUUGGUUCCAAAGUUUCCUCUUAUAGCUGACCAGUUUGACUGUAACUUUUUUUAACUGACAAUGGUGUUAACAACAAAAAUUAAACUGUGGAACAGUAUCCAACAUUUUGAUGUUUGGCACAUCAUUAUUACAAAUGAAAACUGUUAAGUGUCAAAGUUGUCAAAAGAGUUGAAGUUUGAAUUAAUUAGAUGGCAUUUGUGCAUGCUUGAUUAUUAUGCAGAUAUCUUAAAAGAAAAGCUUCAUGCAAAUCAAGUAAAUGGCUAGUGAUGAUUUAAGUUCCUGUAUAAACAGCAUUAAAUUUGACAUUGGUAUGUUUUUCUUUUAUGAACAGGACACCAUGAAUGGGCUUUGUUCCAUGAAGAAUCACCUAAGAAUAACCCAAUUCUUCACCAUCAAACAACAAUAGAACUGUUCAACCAUACUGCUACCUUCCGCAGAUUUUCCGAUUAUCCUUUGGUUACUCAAAUGCUUUCAUCUUUAGAUGAGCUUUUGAAAAAACCCAAAUACAGCAUUCAUGAGAAGAGCACAAGCGGUCUGGCAUCAGUGGUGUAUGUUCAAAGUGGGUGUAACCCGCCCUCAGACAGAGAUGAAUAUGUUUCAGAGUUGAUGAAGUUUAUCAAAGUAGAUUCCUAUGGAGCUUGCUUGCAUAAUAAAGACCUUCCAGAAGAGUUCAAGAAUCCUUUAACUAUGGAUAAUGAAGGUUUUCAGGACAUCAUUGCAAAAUAUAAAUUCACAUUGUCAUUUGAGAAUGCAUUAUGUGAAGACUAUAUUACUGAGAAGCUUUGGAGACCACUUAUACUAGGGUCUGUGCCCAUUUACAAAGGAUCGCCAACUGUUCAAGAAUGGAUGCCAAAUGAUCAUUCUAUAAUACUUGUUGAUGACUUUCAAAAUCCAAAGGAUUUAGCUGAUUUUAUCAAAAGGCUUGAUAAUAAUGAUGAAGAAUAUUCAAAAUACUUAGAAUUUAAGGAGAAGGGUGUUAUCAAUAAAAGACUUUUAAGCACUAUGAGAAAACGCCCGUGGGGGCAUUCCUUUGAGGAACAAAAUUAUGUUACAGGAUUUGAGUGUUUUGUUUGUGAUAGAAUUCAUGAAAAUAUCAAGCGCAAGGCAUCACAACUUACAGAACAUCAAUUUGUUGCUUCACAGGAGCAUUAUGGUUGCCCAAGGCCAGAAAAAUACAAUUUUCUGUUUUCCUCCAAUUCAGCUGUUUCAGGAGAGAGAGAUAUUUGGUGGCAGGAAUAUCAUCAAAGCCUCGAGGAAUCAAGGGAACUAAAUAAACUUGUGAAAUCUAACUGGUUGUUUCAUUAA